GCUUUUGGCCCAAUAACAUGUUUGGUUCAUGCUUUGCUUAUAUUAUAACGUUUGUAUUUUUGUAGAAACUAAAAUAUUGUCCAAGUAGGUUGGAAAUAACUAGAGAACCCAAUUUUGCUCAACAAUGCCAACAAGCAAAGCAAAUUGGGACCAAAUUAUUCUUUAUCUUUCCAAAGCUCCCUCACAACUUGCAAAUCUUAAGACAACAAGUAUUCAUCCACUCCUUUUUUUGUUGUUAUAACUUAUAACCCAUUUCCUUGAAUCAAUCAGUGUGUGCAAAAAACCUGUCUUUGAUACAUUUGGAGGGUGUUGUAAUGGGGUUUGUAGUUUUGGGUUCAUCGAGUUCUUACGUUUCAGUGAGAGAUUUCCAUCACUGGAAUGUCAGGUCUCAAUCUUUCAGUUUGAAAGAGAGGUAUGGUGUUGGCUUCAAGUUGGUUAACAAUUUCAAGGCUUAUAAACUGGGAAGAGUUUCACUUUGCAAGAGUGAAUUUAUUGACUGUGAAGUAAGAACAAGCCCCAAUGAGGUCAGAAAAGAGAUAGAACAAUGCUAUGAACUCAUACACAGACUUGGGAGGGGAGUUGUGUACUUGGGUUCUUCGAGGAUGGGACCUGGCCAUCGUCAUUACUCACUAACAAUGGAGCUGGGUAGAGAGAUAGCAAACCUUUUGGACUGUACCACAUGGACAGGAGCUGGUCCUGGCCUCAUGGAUGCUGCUAUUAAGGGUGCUCUGCAAGCAGGAAAGCCUGUUGGUGGGUUUAAGAUAGGUAGGGAAGCUGGAGAAUGGACUACCUCAAAUUUUCAUCCAUACCUGCCUUCAGAAACUUAUCUUACAUGCAGGUUUUUCUCUGCUAGAAAGCAUGGGUUGGUUGAUGCUGCAGUUCGGAGUUCUAACUCUGAUAAGACAGCCGUAGUUGCUCUUCCAGGUGGUGUUGGUACCGUUGAUGAGAUGUUUGAGAUAUUGGCAUUGAUUCAGCUUGAAAGGAUUGGAUCAGAGCUUCCGGUUCCCUUCAUCUUAAUGAACUAUGACGCAUUUUACGCAAAGCUGUUAGACUUUCUUGACGAAUGUGAGGAAUGGGGUACUGUCUCCAAGGGAGAGGUUUCAUCAUUGUGGAAGAUCUGUGACACUAAUUCAGAUGCUUUAGCUUACUUGGCAGAGUUUUAUGAUCUGCCUUUUCCUGAUAAAGGCUAGCAUGAAACAGAAUUGAGAAGCCGGCAAGGGGGUGGAUAUAGAAGGUUUUGUAUGCUAGUAUUCAUUGUCAAAUCCAGAAAUUGAUGUGUUCAGAAUUUGAAUCCAAUAGAAUACUAACUCUGACAAAUUUCACAAGUAUAAGCUAGACAUGAAUUCCUCAGAGAUGUGUGAACUAAUCUUGGCAUCAUUUGGUGACUCUGUCCUUGUUAUGUUUCAGAAAAUAGGUGAUUAAGUUUGCAGUUAGUUGAUUUUAUGUAUACAUCCACUGUAACAAGAAUGCUGAGAUGUACUUCUGGUUUUCAUCAAAGUGCCCGCAGCAGUUGGUUUUACUGUUGUACUUAGCAUUAUCAUUCAAUCAAACUCAAAAUUAACACCAUGCAUUACAUGGUUCCAUUUGCAGUCAAGUUAAAGGAUCUCUGGAUGUGAUCAUGAUGUAGAUUUGGUCAAGCAAACGAACAAAGGCAUUGAACACUAAAAGGUAAAGAAGAAAAAAAAAUUCAUUAAGAACAGAACAAAGUUCAAGCUGUCUGAAAUCCCACAGAACAACAAACAUGAUUGAAUACUCAAGUGCAACUUUAAAACCCCUAUAUCCUAUAAAAAUUUGGAUAAGGGAAUGAUUAAAAUCCCUCAAAUUCCUAGUUCAACAAUGAAGGUUUCUUCACAUUAUGCUGUACCACUCAGGAUCACCAUUACGAAAACCUACUGUUUGUGGCGGCAGCUGGGAAAAGUAUUGAGCCUGUGGCUCAUAGUAAGGAUAAUCUUGAUAAUACUGUGAGUGAUGUGGGUAGUUUUCAUAUAUGGGGUGCCAAUUUCUUUCUUGAGGAGGAUAGCCAUAAUAAUACUCUGGUCUUCCAUAGGGAGUAUAUCCAUAGCUGCCUUGAUACUAGUUAUCAUAGCCAUGUCUCGGAGGAAUGGUCCUCUCUUGGUAUCCAGAAUCCACCGGCAAAAGAUCUGCAUGUAACCCGACUUCUGCGAGCGUCUUCAUAAGUUGUCUAGGGUUUAUUCUUCCUGUUAUCUGGACAAUUCCUUUUUCACCAUCUA